CCGGCUUAAACCCACCGUCUUCUUUCUUCUUUCCCUACUUGCGGCAAAGAGAACCCGUGGCGAGCAGUUAAUCAAGAGAUUCACGUCCUUUUGCUUGUGUGGGAGUGGGUAAUUAUAACGGUGAUGAACUGCCUCUCUCACGCGCGUUCUUACAUUUCCUUGGGGCUACUUAAUAGAUCCUGCUAUGUCACUUCCAAGAUCCCAUGGAAUCAAUGCUUUUACAUACCUUCAAAACCCUGUUUAAAUCCUGCAAGUGUUGUGAGUCCACUUGGACUCUCUAGGGCUCUUUGCUAUUCCUCCGGAUCAAAGUCUGGUAAGUCCAAAACUGUUACUGUUGCUGACAAAGAGAAAGACGCCUUCUUUGUUGUUCGGAAGGGUGACGUUAUUGGAAUUUAUAAGGAUCUAAAUGAUUGUCAAGCUCAAGUUGGAUCAUCGGUGUUUGAUCCUCCCGUUAGUGUUUAUAAGGGAUACUCUUUGCCUAAAGACGCAGAGGAUUAUCUUUCUUCUGUUGGGAUGAAGAACCCUCUUUACUGUUUUGGAGCUUCUGACUUGAGAGAGGAUAUGUUUGGCUCUCUCACCCCUUGUCUUUUCCAGGAGCCAUCUUCUUCUAAAGUUAAAGUAUCUGAAGAAGAGGAUACCUCAGAGAUGAUGUCAAAAGAUAUCAAAGUUGAUAUUCCUUCUGCUUCCACUUCAUCAGUUGAAAAACUUGAUAAGCUAGAACCAUCGCCUGCUACUUCAGAUGAAACUUGCUUUAUUGAGUUUGAUGGUGCAUCAAAGGGAAACCCUGGUCUCUCUGGCGCAGCUGCUGUACUGAAAACUGAGGAUGGAAGCUUGAUUUGUAAAGUGCGUCAAGGUUUGGGGAUUGCCACAAACAAUGCAGCAGAGUAUCAUGGGUUAAUCCUAGGAUUGAAGCAUGCUAUUGAGAGAGGUUACAAGAAAAUUAAAGUGAAAGGUGACUCCAAGCUUAUCUGUAUGCAGAUUAAAGGUAAAUGGAAGGUAAACAACGAGGUACUCUCGAAGCUGCAUGAGGAAGCAAAACAACUAACCAAUGAAUGUAUCUCGUUCGAGAUCAGUCAUGUACUAAGGAAUCUAAACUAUGCUGCGGACGAACAAGCAAACUUAGCUGUCCGUCUUCCUGAAGGAGAAGUUGAAGUGGCGUGAAGACUUUAUACUUAAUUAUCCGUGAACGAAGAUAGAGUUUGACAAACGAAGCCACUAAGAAAGUGGUGAAGAGCCAGGAUGUGCCAUAGAGAUUUUUUUACAGAAAGUGAAUGAAAAAAACAAUGUAGAAACUCCAGCUAGAAAAUAAAAUAUCAUGUGUUCUCGACUUUGCAAAGUUCACACUGAG